AAAUUAUUAAUAUUUGUUUCGAAAAAUUAUAUUACUUAUUUUUUACAAUUUAUAAAAUUGAAGAAAUUAAUACCUAAUAUAAUUAUUUAACAAAUUUAUUAAACAUCUGCAAAGGCACUAAAGGAAAAUAGUAGUUACUAUUGCAAAUUUUUGUUUUCCCUUUAAAUAAUGUUUUCAAGAAUCUUCCUUAGCACCAUUCCCUCGUCAAUAAAAAUAGUAAGCGCUGUGACUUUAAGAAAUUCGAAAGAAUGUUUCGGACUGCAGUCAAUUUGUUGUAUACCCAGUACAAAUUUAGUCACCAAGUAUCGAACAUAUUCUGAUCAUAUAAAUCCUGAAGAGAUGAUUGUAGACUAUGAACAUGUGAAAAAAGCAACAUCUGCUAAUAACAUACUCAUAGUUGAUGUUAGAGAACCUGAUGAGAUUAAAGAGCAUGGCAAGAUACCAAACAGUAUCAAUAUUCCAUUGGGCAAUGUGUCAACAGUUUUAAGUACUAUGUCUGAGAAUGAGUUCAAACAGAUAUACAAUAGAUCUAAACCCUGUGAGGACACUGAAAUAAUCUUCUAUUGUAUGAUUGGAAAGAGGUCUGGUAUGGCACAACAGAAUGCCUUAAACUUAGGAUACAAAAAUGUCAAAAAUUAUCUUGGCAGCUGGACAGAAUGGGCAACUAAAGGAAACUAGAUUUUUUGCAGUGAGAAAAUUUUAUAAGAAUGUAUGUUGUUGGUGGUGCUGAUAAAUAUAUCUAGUCUCAAUAAUUGUAGCUUUCCAAAAAAAUUGUGUUUUUUAAGCUAUUCAUAAACCUAUUUAAAUAGUGAUUGAUAUUGAUAAAUAAUAACAAAAAGAAUAAACCAUUAUAUUUUAUUGCAUUAUCAUGAUAAAAUUACAGCAAAUGUAUGUGUAAAUAUAAUUUAGUGUCUUAUUUUUGUUUACUAGACCAGUCAUUCCAACUUCCAAGAUAGGUCUUAGAACUGUAAUAAGAAAAUAUUAGUUUCAAUUUACAUUUCUAACUUUCUAAAUUCUAUUGUUUUUGUAAAUACUAUUACAUACUAGCUGUUUCCUGUAACUUUGUUUAUGUGAAUUAUUAUCCUAUGUGUAUGUAACCUAUCUUUUUUUAUUACUAGAGAGGUAAACAAGCAGACAAUCCACCUGAUGGAAAGUGACUAUUAACACUUACAGCACAAGGUGAGUUACUUAUACCAAAUUUCAAAUCUGUUCAGCUAUUUACAUUGAUGUUUCUAAAGUUAUUUUCCCUUAAAAAAAGACGCAUAUGUAGUCUCAAACAUGACUUUGCGAAGCUUUGCUCGCAUCUUAGAGUGAACACCUGAUGAUUCUGGUGCACCCUCUCCUUUUUUAAACCUAGUUACAACUGUUUAAGCAGAAUUCAGUAACAAACAUCUAACAAAAAAAUCUUUACAAAUUCUUAUUUUUAAUAUUAGAAAUAAGAUUUGGUACAUACUUUAUAUACUUUGAUUAUAAUACAUACUUGGAAUAUCCUAGUUUUAAAGCCUUAUCCAGAGCUUCACUAGAACGUCUUCCAGAUUGACAAUAAAAUAUGAGUUCAUCUGAUGAGGAUGGUUUGCCUCUCUGAUACUGCCUUUUAAAUUCUUCAUCAGACAUAGAAGUCAAUACAUCAUGAACAGUACUCACUAAAAACAAGAAAUACUUAUCAAAACAGAUGAGUGCAGUGACCAUCAUUCCUUGUAUUAAAAAAGUAUUGGCUAGUUUCAUGUGCAUAAUUAUAUAAUCUUAUAUUCAUUGUUGUGGUUGUAUGAUAGUAAUUUAGUUAUAUUUAUAGAGUCUUUUUAACAGGAAAAAUUGGUGACAUGAAACAUAGUUUAUCAGAAUAAACUAUUAUAGAAUACAUAUGUUUUGCUGGAUAUUAUUAAUCAUUAAUUAAAGUUAUUAUUAUUUUCUCUAUGAGAAAAUAUUUUAAUAUGAAACCUUGCAUAUAAGACUUUUCUUACAGCAACUUUAAAAGUUGGCAAUAGAGAAUUAUGUUACUUAUAUAAAAUUACAUGGUAUAUUGAUGCUAGAAGGAAUCUUGCCAGUGUUAGUGACUUCAUCUGGAUUUCUCACAUCAAUGAUUACUUUCUCUGGCUGGUGAAUCACCUUCAGCAUGUCCUCAUAGCUAACCACCCGUUUUGGAUCCACCAUUUUUUUAUAUUCCUUAUUAUUCGUAAGAUAUCUUGUGAAACUUAAUGUUAUAUGCUUCGUCUUCACUUUUAA